UCAAGCUGCUGUCGCUCGCACGCCGUUGCUAACCAGAGAGGGGACCAGCAAUGUGUUCAUCGAAGAAAGAACUAGUACUUUCGCAUUGCGUACUUUCUUUGUUGCCUCGCUUCUUUUCUGCAGCAACUCAAAAGCUCUUUGUCUUUCGCUUUCAUGUCGUUAUCCUGAACUCCUUUACGCUCGAGGGGCGGAUUGGCAUCACUCGCAGCACUGAUGGCAAAGCAACAAAACGCAGAGUCGCCUGCGAAUAGAAACGAAAAGUGGCGGGAGCGCUAACUUCUGUUGUGGCUGGUGCUGCUGUCUUGUCCCAAUGUCCUUGCUGCCAUCAGCUGGCUGCAAGUAUAUCAGAGUCGUAUUCGUUCCUUCUGGAUGCUUCGAAUUGAUAUUUCUGCUUACUGCUUCCAGUUUGAGAAUUGCCGAAACCGUCUGCUCUGACACGUGAUUCCACUGCUGCUCGUCUGCCAGUCCAUCCAUGUCAUUUUGGUGGUCCUCAAUGUGCAAGUGGGCACCACGUGGGCCGCUCUCAGAAAUGUCAACUGUGUAAUCCGUCCGAUCCGUCCGAUACGUGGGCGUCUUAUGCAGUGUCCCUCCUUUUGGCGACUUCACAGCCUCCAUCUUCCCCGAGCUGUCGCUGUCUCCGCCGUCUGCCUUGGAGGUAACACAAUCGAUCUGCACCACGAGCUCUCCUGUCUUCUGACGGACGAGACCGUGUUUUGAGACCAUCGAGUUGCCGCUCGCGUCAUGCAGAGAACCUUUGCGUCGCAGAAGAGCUGAGACAUGCACCCAACAUAAUGGGUAAGCUGUGGCUGCGGCCCCGAUAGACCUGACCUGGGUCUCGGUGCUGCUUACCGAGGGCGUGCAAUGCUCGCUUGUCUAGUGGCAGGCUUGAUGGCACUUCAGACUUCUCCGUCGGAUUUUCGCUCUCGGCCAU